AUCUCUGACACCAGGAUGGGGAAACAGAACAGCAAACUACGCCCAGAGGUGAUGCAGGAUUUGCUGGAAAGCACAGACUUUACCGAGCAUGAGAUCCAGGAAUGGUAUAAAGGCUUCUUGAGAGACUGCCCAAGUGGUCAUUUAUCCAUGGAGGAGUUUAAGAAAAUAUAUGGGAACUUUUUUCCUUAUGGGGACGCUUCCAAAUUUGCAGAGCACGUAUUCCGCACUUUUGAUGCGAAUGGAGAUGGAACAAUAGACUUUAGAGAAUUCAUUAUUGCCCUGAGCGUAACAUCGAGAGGGAAACUGGAGCAGAAGCUGAAAUGGGCCUUUAGCAUGUAUGACCUGGAUGGGAACGGGUACAUCAGCAAGGCGGAAAUGCUGGAGAUUGUUCAGGCAAUCUAUAAGAUGGUUUCUUCAGUAAUGAAAAUGCCUGAAGAUGAAUCAACACCAGAGAAAAGGACGGAGAAGAUCUUUCGCCAGAUGGAUACCAACCGAGAUGGCAAACUCUCCCUGGAAGAAUUCAUCCGAGGAGCCAAGAGUGAUCCUUCCAUAGUGCGCCUCCUGCAAUGUGACCCCAGCAGCGCGGGCCAGUUCUGAACCCCAUUCCCAUUGUCUGGAUGAAUUCUAUAGAGCUGCUUUUUUUUUCUUUUAUUUUUCUUUUUUUUGCCAAACAUUGGUGGUGAUGUUGCCUCUGUAUGGCCAGAUAGUCCUUCUUCUGUGACACCUUUUAGCUUCUUUUGUGGAUGUGUUCAUGGGAAUGCCAAGUGCUCUCACCUGCUUGUCAAGAGCAUGGACGAUACCGUUCUACACAGAUUUUGUGGUGUUCGUUGUUUCAAGGCUUUUUUAUGAUCGUUGUUAAUUUUGGUUUAACAUGUCUGUUCUUAAAACUAAGGAUCGUGGAUGCCAGAGUUCAAAAAGUAUGUAACCCUGGCACAUCAUGCCUGAGGGCUCUAAGAGAUUUAAAAAAUUUCAACAAAAAAAAAAAACAGCAAAAGAGAGAUUUAGAAAAACUUCCCCGUUGUGUAUUGCUGAAUACACCCGUGUUUCAUGUACAGGUGCAGUUGGUGACUCUUCCCCGAUACAAGUUGUACCCCAGGCCCUCGGGCACAGCCACUGAAUAGGCUUGAACAAUCAACCCAUGAUGGAUCACUUCCAGCGUGGGCUGUAGUGUCUAAGCUGUGAACAUUACUGAAGGUGAAUAAGCAGAAAGCAGGGCCAAGAUGGCUCAGCUGGUUUUUAAGACAGGUUUACACUAGUCAACUUAACAUGACUUUAUUGAGGAAGUAAACAAAAAUCUCCCAUAAUUAUCUUCCAAAACCAGGCCUAUAUCUAGUUGCUCUUUGUGUUAACAGAUGAGAAUGUUGUAAAUAUACAGUGAUGGAUAACAAAGACAAAAACAGUAUACUGGAAUGCUGAGGAGAGAUGCAUGUCUAAUGAGACCUUGGGAAAGGGUGGUAGUGUUCUUACAGUCUUACUACAAAAGACUGUUUUUGUUUUUGUUUUGGUAGCUUAUUGUGAGGUAAACCAGCUCUAAUGAGUGUCUGACAUGUCGUGUUUUAAAGUCAUAUAUUCUGUCUGCACAGAUGCGCCAGUCAAUAGGUGUAUUUUAUGUAUUUAAAAAAAUGAAAAAAAAAUAUAUCAAAAGGGCCCAGUUCUUCAUUUCAUGUUUCCAGGUAAAGAAUACUUGGGAAAGGGAAAGAGUUCAGACUUACCAGGGAGGGGAAUCUUAGGCUAUCACCAGGACCAUAAUCAAUGGGAGUGGAAACCUAGUGCUUCUUUGAUGCCUUUGAAAAGAAGGAAAUGAUCGGUGCACAUGUCCUGGGACUUCCAGAGCCUCCAGCCCAAAUCUGUGACACUUUCGAGAUGCUCAUCUUCUCAUGUCAGGGAUGUCCUGAAAUGCAAUCCUCAGUAUCUUUGGCUAAGGCAAUCAUCUAGUUCUUUUGGUAAGGAAUCUGGAAGUACUGCUGAGGUUGGCAGAGGGCCCCAGGGCAAUGAUGGAUGGCAGCAUUUGCCAUUAGCAAACACAAUCAGAAGGCUGGUUUUGGUUCAGGGCCCAUGCCAAGGUGAAGCCAGGUUCUCUACCCUUUUCAUGCAAACAACUGGUUACUUUAGAUUUCAAAUUAAUCCAACCCCAAGGUGCUAAAUGUAAAUGAACAGCAGGGGAGAGCAUCAUUCUUUACACUGAUUGGUUGGUUAGUAGCUAGAGCACUUGGGGGAUAGACAUCAAGCAUGGCCCACCAAAGAGACAGAUAGGUCCCCAGGUUGGUUCUCUAGCACAGGUCACCUCUAUAACAGAAAACACAUAGGGCAAGUGGAGACAUUGCAUUUGGAAAUAUUAAGAAAAGCCAUUUCUAGGCGGCAUAAUGAGCUCAUAGAAACAUGUCCUCCAUCCUGUAUUAUUAGCAACUCAAGAGUCCAUUGAAACUGGUAACCAAAAUAAAAAAUCCAAUUUCUGCUGUUGGCCAAAAUGAGCCAAAAGUCUCUUUCCUGGAACUCUUUCCCUGUAUGGGGAGCCUUAGCUGGAUGGCUUUAAAUCCUACCUUGACCUGUUCUAUACAAUGAGCAUUUAUUAAGUGCUACUGUGUGCCAGGUACUAUGUGCUAAAAAUGCUGAGGAUACGAAGAAAGGCCAAAAAAAAAAAGAAAGA